AUGGUUAUUGGACAUGGUGGUGAUGGACCUACUGCUGGACUAGAUGACCUUAGUGACAAACGUGUCGAUGAUUGGCCCUUGAUGCAGUCUCCAUUUCCAACACUGACUAUAAGCACUAUUUAUCUCCUCACUGUUUGGCUGGGCCCCAAAUGGAUGAAGACAAGAGAGCCCUUCCAGUUACGUUUCCUGUUGGUUGUUUACAACUUUGGAAUGGUUCUACUGAACUUCUUCAUUUUCAAAGAGCUGUUUUUAUCAUCAAGAGCUCGAGGGUACAGCUAUGUCUGCCAGACUGUGGAUUAUUCAGAUAAUGUUUAUGAAGUUAGGAUAGCUGCUGCUUUAUGGUGGUAUUAUGUCUCGAAAGGAAUUGAAUACCUCGAUACAGUGUUCUUCAUCCUGAGAAAGAAAUUCAACCAAAUUAGUUUUCUUCAUGUCUAUCACCAUUUCACCAUGUUCACUUUGUGGUGGAUUGGUAUUAAGUGGGUUGCAGGUGGACAAGCUUUUUUUGGAGCUCAGAUGAAUGCAUUUAUUCAUGUUAUUAUGUACAUGUAUUACGGAUUAGCUGCCUGUGGCCCUAAAGUUCAGAAAUAUCUGUGGUGGAAACGAUACUUGACUAUAUUGCAAUUGGUGCAGUUCCAUGUGACUAUUGGCCACACAGCUUUGUCUAUUUAUAUUGAUUGUCCUUUCCCUAAAUGGAUGCACUGGGGUGUAAUUUUCUAUGCUAUCACCUUCAUUUUCUUGUUUGGUAACUUCUACUAUCGGACAUAUAAGCUGCCUAAGGAACCUGUAAAGAAUGGCAAAAUAGCAAAUGGUGCUGUUGCAAAUGGAGUAAGCAAACCAGAAAAUAAUCCAGUGGUGGAAAAUGGAAAAAAGCAGAAAAAGGGAAAAGCAAAAGGAGAGUAACUUGAUCCAGGCCUUAACCAUUGUUGGCAGUGAGGAACCUACAGUUUGGUUUAUAAAAGGAAGAAAAAAACACUAUCUGUACCAAUUAACCUUAGGUUACUGAAGAGCUAGAACACAGAUAUUUUCAUUAUUUAUGAAGAUUGUUUUAAGAACAAAACUUAAAGUUGAAUUUCUAUUGUAAUUAUGUAAUUAUCAUGCAUACGGUCUCUGUGUAAACUUGUAGACUGCUGGUGUUGGUGAAUGUAAGGAAGAAUUGCAGUUAAUUCCAUGUUUAGCAGUCCAAAAGUUAAAAACUAUCAUUGAUGCAACCAGCUUUGUUGGCACCCACAUUUCUCUGGGGAAGGGAGGGGGGAAGGAAGUAGCGUUUGAAUACUUGUGUUUUCUUUCCAGAAAUAUAUUAAAUUUCAAUUUACAAUGUAUUAUCUAACCAGAACACGCAACUUUUCUUGUCCUCCUUGAAGAGUAUCUUCAGAAACAUCGUGUUUAUGUAUUGUCAGAACAGUAUUUGACUUUUCAGAAAUUACUUGAUUUAAUUUAGUGUCUGUUACAGGUUUAUUUUGGUUGUUUUUUUCUUUUUGAUUUAUUUUGUUUUGUUUUGUUUUUUUUUUUCCUUGUGUGGAAAUAUACCUACCUCUUCAUCUGCUGAAAAGAAUAUUGAGCAUUAAAUAACUGAUUUCUGAAAUAUGGAGUCUUCUAAUAUAAAUAUCCAUUAACAUAAUUCAGGAGGAAAUUUUUCCUUGGGAGUAAAAGAGAUUUUGUUUCCAGGUAUUUUGGGUCAAAUCAUCAAUAUUUUCAUUUAAUGUGAACUUAAAUUUUGGAGUGGUGUUCUUAGCAUGGCUAAGUGAAGAAAACAUUUUAAGGAUUUAUAAAUAUGAGAUGGUCAUUGUGUGAAGCAAGCAAUUUAAACAGGCCUGUGGCUUUGUUAUCUGUGACCUACAUUAAACCUGUGGUGCUGAUUGACACUGAAACUUGUAAAAUAACAUUAUGAUGGAGAGAAAACAACAUUGACAUUUGUUCAGAAGUACAGUGUGUAGUGUCAUGCUAACAACAGGACAGGCACUUUACUGGGGGAAAGAGAAUUCAAUUAUAAACUUCUAAAUACGGCAAACACAAUGCUGAAAAUGCUGCUACUGUUUGAUGCCCAUCAAUACUCGAUUGAUGACUUGCAGGCAAAAUAUUGCUGGCAGUCAGGCCACCAUUUUAAUGUGAAUAGCAGAGUUGGGCUUCUGAAAAUCUGGUCCCUAAAUAUUCUUGGUUCUUCUCAACCUGAUUGACAAAGUGAUUCUGCUAAUCAGUUUUUAGUCAUAACUGCUACUACAAGCAGAAGCCUCUUUUAGUAGCUUUUCAUCUUACUUGAUGCAUUAAUGGACUUCUUCCUACUCCUUUUGUGAAGUAAAUAUGAAUACGAGUUAAUUCCCUUCCACACAAAAUGAAAAUUUAGACAGAAUUUUUGUGUUGCUGCAGAUGCGGUGAGUAUAAUGCAAGUGGAGUUAGAAACCAAAUCCUGAACUCUCAGGGUCCUUAUUCAUCACUGCAAGAGCUGCACUGUUGUUGUUGAAAUGCACUUUUUGCCCAGCUCUGUCCGGAAACAUUCAUUGUCAGUGAUGAACUUACAUGGAGGAAGUGGUGGUGUUAUUGAGGGAAAAAAGUACACACAGCUCUACGUAUAGAGAGUUACACACGUGGCACACAUUUAUGCAUCUCGAAUACCCAUUUGCCUGUUGUGACCUGUUUUGCACAAUAUGGACAUUUUUCUGUCUUGGGUUUGAAGCUUGUCACUUUGAUGAAAACUAUCUAAGCCUAAAAAAUGGGUUGUAGGAAAAAAAGGGCUGGUUAUGAUAUGUUUUACUGGGAAAUAAUUCCUAAUGCUGGUGUUCAUUCAACUGCCAGAGUGGUUCAUCAGUAAUAUCCACUGCUGUGGAUUUUAUGGCAGAAUAUAGGAUUCAGAGAGAAUGCCUCUGCUGAGCUGUAAUGUGACCAUUCGUUUUCCUAUCUGUUAUGUCUCAUGAUUUUUCUUCCAGCCAGUAAUGAUG